UUAAAAAAUAGCUUAUCGACAAAGCGAGAGUGGCUUCCGUUUGAUAAUUGGUGUCACUACGCCAUAGUUAGCCCGAACCGUCUAUCAAACGUUUUCAAGUCAGCGCCGAUCCUUUCCUUACCCAACAACAUGUUGACAGUGACGGCUGUUGUUGUAAUUUUGACAUUGGCCACCGUUCAGGUGCAACAUAGUGUCCAGGCUGCACACACGGGCUCGCACGAGCACAGCGAGCACGGUACAGUGACCUAUGUCUACGAUCCGGUAAUGCACUACCUGGUGGCACGAACCCACAGUACCUGCUACUUCAUGGGUCUGGAUAACCAUCAAAUACAUCAGGUCCAUCAAGUCAACGGUUUGGAGCAACUAGAAUUGCAAAUGAUGGCUUCCGUCAACGGCCAUGAGGAAGAGUUGGACCAGGCCCUGAAAGCACAACUCUAUCAGAUUUUGGACCAUUCGUGUAGACACCAUCAGCUAUUUCUUGUCAAAGCAACGGCGACCACUACGCCACCGAUUUAGACUGGCCAAGGUUCAGCAAAGCAACGGCGACCACUACGCCACCCUUUUAGACUGGUCUAAAUAAAAAUAAUGUUCUC